AUGAGCCAAUUUGCCUCUCAGAUGCCUAACAGACAAUUCCUUUGGGAUGUCUUUCAAAGGGUUGAUAGAGAUAGGAGUGGAUUCAUUAACGCCGACGAACUUGGAUCCGCCCUUUCUAACGGAACCUGGAGUCCCUUUAAUCCAGAAACUGUCAGAUUAAUGAUUGGUAUGUUCGAUAGAAAUAAUAGAGGCCAGGUCAGUUUCGAAGAUUUCGGAGCUCUUUGGAAGUACGUAACAGACUGGCAAAACUGCUUCAGGUCUUUCGAUAGGGACAAUUCAGGCAACAUAGAUAAAGAAGAAUUGAAAACAGCACUUGUGUCAUUCGGUUAUAGACUCUCUGAUAGUUUAAUUAAUAUUCUUCUUAGGAAGUUUGACAGACAUGGUCACGGGACAAUACUGUUUGAUGAUUUUAUUCAAUGCUGCAUUGUAUUAUAUACACUCACAUCUUCCUUCCGCCAGUACGAUACUGAUCAAGAUGGCUACAUAACAAUCCACUACGAGCAGUUCUUAACUAUGGUAUUCAGUUUAAAAGUUUAA